GCGCAAGCAAAUAUGGCCGCGCAACAAGAUAUCGCUACGGUUUACGUCCGUAAUCUGGAGGAGCGCGUCAAGCCCGAACCGCUCAAGGAGGCCCUGCGCGCCGUCUUUUCCGAGUUUGGCAAUGUGAUUGACAUCGUAGCCAAGACGAACCUCAAGGCCAAGGGCCAGGCCUUUGUCGUGUUCGACAAGCCCGAGUCGGCACACGCCGCCAUCGAGGAGGUCCAAGGCUUCGAACUCUUCGAGAAGCCGAUGCAGGUGGCGCUGGCGCGCACCCGGAGCGACGCCACAGUGCUGCGGACGGGCAACGCGGAGGAGUUUGACGCGCACAAGCGCCGUCGUAUCGCGGAGAAGGACAAAAAGAAGGCGCUCGAGUCCGCCGAGGAGCAGAAGCGUCUCAAGCGGCCCAUGCCUGGCGGCCCGGCCGAAGCGGGCGCCCGUCCAGCCAAGAACGCCCGCGGUGCCGGUCUCAAGUCCACCGGAGGCGGCCCUGCGGCCGUUGUGCCAGACGAGUACCUGCCGCCGAACCGCAUCCUGUUCGUCCAGAAUCUGCCCGACGACAUGGACAAGGACGCUCUCACUGCUAUCUUUGGCCGUUUCGAGGGCUUCCGCGAAGUUCGGACGGUUCCCGGCCGCAGCGGGAUCGCCUUCGUCGAGUACGAGGCCGAAGCGGGCGCUAUCACCGCCAAGGAGAACACGGCUGGCAUGCCACUAAAGAAUGGCGAAAAACUCAUGAAAGUAACGUACCAGCGUCAGUAAAGGCCCGGGAGAGGGCAAGAAAGCUGGUUGGUCUGGGAAAGCAGGUUCGUUAGGUAAGGUGUCGGUUACCAUGAUACAGAUUGAGCAUUAGAUACCCCAGAUGCAAUGAAACCAAACAACUCCCUCCCUAUUGUGCCCGUGCCUCAUAAAAAGACGGUAAUGACAAGAAAUUAUACAAACAGUUGAGAGACCGCCCCACUUGACUUUGUCUCGCGGGUCCCCGUUAGAAGAUGACGUCUUCAUCCUCCUCGGCCGCUAGAAGAUCCACGGGUCCGGCUGCGUUUCCUGCCUCCGGUGCUCCAUUCUCCUCCCCUGUGGCCUCAUUAUCCUCUUUCUUCUUCUUCACCUCGGCGUCGUCCCUAGCCGUGUCUCGCUGCUUCUUAUUCGCGACCUUCUUGAGUCUGUAGAACUCCUCUCUGUCCAGCUCGUCAAGCUCCGAGUUGAUGUAUUUGAUGGUAUUCUCCGUCCUCGGAAUAAUGACAUGCUCGAUUGCGUUAACUCUCCGAUUGACAACCUUGAUCACCUCGUCCAAGAUGACAAACGCCGUCUGCAGGCUGGCAAGCUCGACCAGCGCCUCGACGGCGCGCGCGUACGUCUCCCGGCACCGCUGCACCUGCUGGCCUCCCUUGCCCAGGCCCAUCAUGGCAAAGUCGUUGUUGCCCUCGGUCAAGUAGCUCUCGAAGGCCGGGAGCAGCACGCCCGACACGUUCUCCUGCUUGGCGCGGACGCGGAAGCGCGCCGACUUGGCCGAUUCCUGGAUCUGGUACCCGAUGUUGCCGCCCACAGCGUACGUCACUUCAGCGAGCGAGAGGGACGCGAUCUGCAUGACGCGGCCCAUCUUGCGCUUGGCCUCGUCGAUGCGCCGGGUGAUCUCUCGGAAGCGCUUGGUUAAAGCUUCGCUCUUCCGCUUGAGUAGACUGUGCCCUGUCUCGGCGCCCUUGAGCUUAGCCUUCAUUAAGCCCAGGGACUGCCGGGUAGGGAAGACGGCCUCCCGAUCUGCGCUGCCAGACAUCGUUGCAGC